AUGAACCAUCAAGCUACUCAUUCGAAAGUGAUCUCACAUGUAUUCUUCACCGGUACUGCCAAGCAAGGCUCUGCUGGUCCGCCCAUCGGUCUCGUCGACAUUGGUGUGAGCGAAGCUGCCUACAUCUUCAGAGUCUCUCUCCCAGGCAUUGAGAAAAAUCAAAAUAAGAUCAAAUGUGAGAUCCAGAGGGAAGGGAGAGUAUGCAUACAAGGAGUAGUACCUGAGAUUGCGAUUCCAAGUGAAACAGGAUGCUUAUACAGGAUGCAAGUGCAGCAGCUCUGCCCUCCGGGUCCGUUUUCGAUCACGUUUAAUCUUCCGGGACAAGUGGAUCCUCGUUUGUUUUCUCCAAAGUUUAGGCCUGAUGGGAUCUUCGAAGUUGUUGUCGUCAAGCUCGGAGUAAGCAUCCCAACUUCAUAG